GCACACGCACACGCCGGCGGCGAUCCAACGAGGGAAGAAGAAACAAUCAAUCCGCCCCGUCCGUGCCAUUGGCGCAAUCACAGAUCUCUCCUGCUGCUGCUGCUGCGGCAUCGUCUCGAAGAGCAGCCAUUUUCUUGGGGAUGAAGGAGAUAGUGGUUGGGUCGGUGGCGCCGGCGCCGGCGGGCAGGUGGGGGUCGGCGCCGCCGCAGGCGUUGCUGGAGAGGAUGAAGGACUACGGGCAGGAGGGCGCCUUCGCGCUCUGGGACGAGCUCUCGCCCGAGGACCGGGAGCUGCUCGUCCGUGACAUCGAGAGCCUGGAUCUUUCAAGGAUUGAUCGGAUCAUCCGGCGCUCCCUGGGAUCACAAGGCUUCACUCUGCCCGCCGUUGAGCCGGUGCCGGAGUCCAGUGUGUCCAAGGUGGAGGAGAGGUCUCAGGAGGACAAAGAACGGUGGUGGAAGAAGGGGCUGAAGGCCAUCUCGGAGGGGAAGCUAGCCGUUGUUCUUUUAGCUGGUGGUCAGGGAACUCGUCUUGGUAGCUCUGAUCCUAAAGGGUGCUUCAGUAUUGGGCUUCCAUCUGGAAAGUCGCUUUUCCAACUCCAAGCUGAACGGAUUUUAUGUGUUCAAAAACUUGCUGCUCAGUCCAGUGAUAGUCCAAAUAACAUUGUACCCAUCCAUUGGUAUAUAAUGACUAGUCCCUUCACUGAUGGCAUCACUCGCAAAUUCUUCGAAAGCCGUAAAUAUUUUGGCUUAGAGGCGGACCAAGUGACAUUUUUCCAACAAGGCACCCUUCCAUGUGUUUCUGCUGAUGGCAGAUUUAUUAUGGACACACCAUACAAGGUAGCGAAGGCUCCUGAUGGCAAUGGUGGAGUCUAUGCUGCUCUGAAGUCCAAAAGGUUGCUGGAAGACAUGUCUGCACGGGGUGUAAAGUAUGUAGAUUGCUAUGGAGUUGACAAUGCAUUGGUCCGCGUUGCGGAUCCAACAUUCGUAGGGUACUUCAUAGACAAAGCUGUAUAUUCUGCUGCAAAGGUUGUCAGGAAGGCUUACCCUCAAGAGAAUGUUGGAGUAUUUGUUCGACGAGGACGUGGUGGACCUCUCUCUGUGGUUGAGUACAGUGAAAUGGAUGCGGCUAUGACAACUGAAAUUAAUCAGUCAACAGGACGCCUUCGUUAUUGUUGGAGCAAUAUUUGCUUGCAUAUGUUCACUUUGGAUUUUCUGAAUCAAGUAGCAAACAGCCUUGAGAAGGACAGCAUUUAUCAUCUUGCUGAGAAGAAGAUCCCUUCCAUCCAUGGGUACACAAUGGGCCUGAAGCUAGAACAGUUUAUAUUCGAUGCAUUCACUUACUCCCCAUCCACAGCACUUUUUGAGGUUUUGCGGGAAGAGGAAUUUGCACCCGUAAAGAAUGCGAAUGGUGCAAAUUAUGAUACCCCUGAUAGCGCAAAACUGAUGCUGCUUCGUCUCCAUAGUAGAUGGGUAGUCGCUGCUGGUGGCUUCUUAACCCAUUCUGUGCCCUUGUAUAUGACUGGUGUGGAAGUUUCUCCACUCAGCUCCUAUGCUGGAGAAAACUUGGAAGCCAUCUGCCGUGGGAGGACAUUCCAUGCACCAAGUGAGAUUUCCUUCUAGCUGCAGUAAACUGUGGAACAAACAGCUUCAGCCUUCAGAUGGAUGGAGAAGUGCCAGACAAGGAUGACAGGAUUUCAUCUCAAACGCACACACACACACACAUAAAAAGGAAGAAGGAUUGCAGGAUUUUGAUUUUCCCUAUGGCAUGAGAUGAAUGAUGUACAGUUCAGUGAGCUCUUCAGAUAUCUCAUCGGAGUUUCAGAUAUUGGCCAGAUUGUUUUGUGCUCUGUAAGUACUGUAAUGUAGCACCAAAAUUCUAAAGCCAUCUUGAUUUUUCACCCCCCAUCUGUGUGGCAUUGCCAUUUUGAUUUCUCCUGUGUUGCUCCCCUGUAACUUAGAUGCUUAAAAUGUUUUUACAAAACAAUAGAUCUUUGGGAAUGCACAUGGCUUCAGAGAACA